AUGACACGGGGUAACCAACGUGACAACGAUCGGGCCAAGGCCCUGAAGAAGGCGGGCAAUUCGAAGAACAAGAAUACCCAGACCGGUAGCGAAUUCGCUAGGGCCAAGGAAGAUGCCGCUGCCAUCAUGCGCGAGAAGCAGAGGAAGGCGGACGAGAAGAGAGCUGCCGAGGCAGCAGCAGGCGGGAAAAAAUAA